UAAAUCCUUAGCGGGCGGAAUGAUUAGCCGAGGGGGCAGCCCCGCCCCUGGCUCCUCCCGGCCCUCGCGCCCCGCCUUCCUGUCCCGCCCGCCCGCCUGGCUGCGGGGUGACACGGGGCUUCGCCGUGGGAAGGGGGCGAGGGAGCAAGUGAGAUUUAUUUAAUUGCCCAACUACCAUUACUGAAGAUAUGUUGAAGUACUGCUGAAACUGCCUUUUAUUGGCCAGAAGACAGUCCAUUUGUUUCACUUUUUUUUGUUUGCCCUACUGCUUUGAGCUUUACUGUAACGGCUGAAAAACUUGGAAAAUAAAAUGAACAUGCUAUGGUCUUGAACAUAAUUUUUUUGAGGAAAAAUUAAAGUGCCAGAGUGAAAGCCAGAAUGGCAUCCAGAGAGAGGCUCUUUGAACUUUGGAUGCUUUAUUGUACCAAGAAAGAUCCAGAUUACCUGAAGCUUUGGCUGGACAAUUUUGUUUCUAGCUAUGAACAAUUCUUAGAUGUUGACUUUGAAAAGCUGCCUACCAGGGUGGAUGAUAUGCCUCCAGGAAUAUCUCUGCUUCCUGAUAAUAUUCUGCAGGUUCUGAGGAUCCAGUUGCUACAGUGUGUUCAGAAAAUGGCAGAUGGGUUAGAAGAAGAACAACAAGCCCUGUCAAUUUUGCUUGUGAAGUUCUUCAUUAUUCUUUGCAGAAAUCUAUCAAAUGUGGAAGAAAUUGGGACUUGCUCAUACAUUAAUCAUGUCAUCACCAUGACAACACUCUAUAUCCAGCAAUUAAAAAGCAAAAAAAAAGAAAAAGAAAUGGCAGAUCAGACAUCUAUUGAAGAAUUUGUGAUUCAUGCGUUGGCAUUUUGUGAAAGUUUAUAUGAUCCAUAUCGGAAUUGGAGACAUAGAAUUUCAGGACGAAUCCUUAGUACUGUGGAAAAGAGCAGACAGAAAUACAAACCAGCUUCUCUCACAGUGGAGUUCAUCCCUUUCUUUUAUCAAUGUUUUCAGGAAAGUGAACAUCUUAAGGAAAGUCUUAAGUGUUGCCUGUUGCAUCUUUUUGGAGCCAUUGUAGCCGGUGGGCAGAGGAAUGCUUUGCAAGCAAUUUCUCCAGCCACCAUGGAAGUUCUUAUGCGAGUUUUAGCAGAUUGUGAUUCCUGGGAGGACGGAGAUCCUGAAGAAGUGGGUAGGAAGGUAGAACUAACUCUCAAGUGCCUUACCGAAGUGGUACAUAUCCUUCUCAGUAGCAGCUCUGACCAGCGUCAAGUGGAAACCAGUACUAUUCUGGAGAACUAUUUUAAAUUGCUAAAUUCAGAUCAUUCAGCUUUACCUAAUCAAAGAAGGUCCAGACAGUGGGAAAGCCGAUUCAUGGCUCUACAGAUCAAAAUGCUGAAUACCAUCACAGCCAUGUUAGAUUGCACAGACAGGCCUGUUCUUCAGGCCAUUUUUCUGAACAGUAAUUGUUUUGAACAUCUCUUACGACUGCUACAGAAUUGCAAGCUAUUUUUAAAUGCUAACAAUAAGGUGGCAGACAAGAACGAGAAAGACCUUGCCAACAAAUUACUGACAGAAAUGAAUGAGGACCAGGCAUUUCAGGGACCGUUGGAUUGUUUGGCUGUAUCAACCAUUCAGGCUUUGACGGCAGUAAUGAACAAGUCUCCAGCUGCUAAGGAAGUAUUUAAAGAAAGAAUUGGUUACACACAUAUGUUUGAAGUAUUAAAAUCCCUGGGUCAGCCACCACUGGAACUACUUAAAGAACUUAUGAAUAUGGCUGUAGAGGGUGACCACACCUCGGUUGGGAUUUUGGGCAUUAGUAAUGUCCAGCCUCUCUUGCUUCUUAUCCAGUGGCUUCCAGAACUAGAAUCCUAUGACCUGCAAAUCUUCAUCUCUGAUUGCCUGAAAAGAAUUUGUUGUCUUAACAGACAGAGUCGGACUAUUUGUGUCAAUGCAAACAUGGGAAUUAGAAUCAUUGAAACACUUGACUCCCAUUCUUCCCUCCAUCGAAUUUGUGCUGAGAACUUGAUUGCAAUCCAUGGUUCCUUGGGGAGUCAGUCAGUGAGCUCAGAAGAAAUCCGUCGACUACUACGAUUGCUGAGAGUGGAUGAAUCUGAAUAUAUUCACCCUUACAUCACUCCUGUGACUCGAGCAAUCCUGACAAUGGCCCGAAAACUAAGUCUAGAGAGUGCACUGCAGUAUUUUAAUUUGUCACAUAGCAUGGCAGGAAUUUCUGUGCCUCCCAUACAGAAAUGGCCAGGGUCUGCCUUUUCAUUUAGUGCUUGGUUUUGCUUAGAUCAGGAUCAGUUGUCUCUUGGCAUUGCUAACAAAGGAGGAAAAAGAAAACAAUUGUACAGCUUUUUUACAGGAAGUGGCAUGGGUUUUGAAGCUUUUAUUACCCAUUCAGGUAUGUUGGUUGUGGCAGUGUGCACAAAAAGAGAAUACGCAACAGUUAUGCUUCCUGACCACAGUUUCUGUGAUUCUCUCUGGCACAAUAUAACCAUUGUUCACAUGCCUGGAAAAAGGCCCUUUGGUCAGAGCCUUGUCUAUAUUUAUGACAAUGGACAGCAGAAGGUUUCUGCACCUCUCAGAUUUCCUGCCAUGAAUGAACCUUUCACUUCAUGUUGUAUUGGUUCAGCUGGACAAAGAACCACCACUCCUCCACCAUCCCAAAUCCCAGAUCCACCUUUUUCUUCUCCCAUUAGCCCUCAUCGGACAUCAUUUGGUGGAAUUCUUUCAUCAGCCUCCUGGGGAGGAACAAUUGAAAAAUCAAAAUUGAUUACCAAAUUGAUAUCAGCUGGAACCCAAGACAGUGAAUGGGGAUGUCCCACAUCUCUGGAGGGUCAGCUAGGGUCUGUUAUCAUCUUCUAUGAAGCACUACAGCCUUCUCAGGUGAAGGCAUUAUAUUUAGCAGGUCCAAAUUGUUUAAGCCCUUGGAAAUGUCAAGAAUCUGAUAUGGCUGACCUGCCCAGUAAUGUCCUUCUUCACUACACAGCAAAGGCCUGCAAAAAUUCAAUCUGUCUUGAUUUAUCUGCUAAUUGUUUGCAUGGAAGAUUAACAGGAAACAAAGUAGUGAACUGGGACAUUAAGGACAUCAUAAACUGCAUAGGUGGAUUAAAUGUACUUUUUCCUUUAUUGGAACAAAUCAGCCAUUUGAGUGAAGGACAGAUUCCUGAAGAAAUGAAUGAAAGCACAGUUCCUGAAGUGAUAACACCUAUGGAAAGAGAGGGUAUGGUAUUGACCUCCACAAAGGCAUCAGAGUCAAGACUAGAGAGAAACCUGGUUGCAACAUUCAUCUUGAUUGUGAAGCAUUUUAUUCAGAGACAUCCUAUCAACCAGGACAAUCUUAUUCACUCCCAUGGAGUUGCGAUUCUUGGUGCCUUACUUCAGAAGGUGCCAAGCACCUUGAUGGAUGUCAGUGUGUUGAUGGCAAUUCAAUUACUAAUUGAACAGGUAUCAUUAGAGAAAAGUAUGCAGCUCCUGCAACAAAUGUAUCAAUAUUUACUCUUUGAUUUCCGUAUUUGGAACCGUGGCGAUUUUCCCUUUCGAAUUGGUCACAUACAGUAUCUUUCUACCAUCAUUAAAGACAGCAGGAGAGCUUUCCGAAAGAAGUACGGUGUGCAGUUUCUCCUAGAUACACUUAGGAUUUAUUAUGGGAGUGGUUGUAAAUAUAAUGAGCUAUCUCUAGAUGAUAUUCGAACAAUAAGGACUUCUUUGUAUGGACUAAUUAAAUAUUUUCUGUGCAAAGGUGGAACUCAUGAAGAGAUACAAAGUAUUAUGGGUUACAUAGCUGCUACUAAUGAAGAAGACCAGCUCUUUGGAAUUUUGGAUGUACUCUUCAGUCUCCUACGUACCAGCCCAACUAGAGGUCAGCUUUUCUUACUGCUGUUUGAACCAGGAAAUGCUGACAUACUUUAUGCCUUGCUCUUAAAUCAGAAGUACUCCGACAGAUUAAGAGAAAUCAUUUUUAAGAUUAUGGAACAAAUGUUGAAAUGCACAAACGUUUAUGAACGUAGUAAACAACGUAUUCGACUCAGAGAAGUUGGCUACUCAGGAUUGGGACUCCUCCUUAAUGAAGCACUUAUUAAUAUUUCUCUCAUUAAAAACCUGACCAACCAAAUCAUAAAUACAGAUCCUGUUAUUAAUUUCAAAGAUCUGUUAUCUGUGGUAUAUAUCUCUCACAGAACGUACAUAAAUGUUAGAGUGGUCAUCUGCAGAAAGAUUUUACAGAUUUUGCAGUCCCAGCCAGAUGCAGCACAUCAGAUAUCACAACAAGUGGGUUGGCAAGACACCUUAGUUAGGCUUUUUUUAAAAGCAAAUUUUGAAAAUGAAAAUGCUCUUCAUAAGCACAGUAGGGCUGUUUUAGUGAAAGACAAUGGUAAAAAUAUAUCAACUGAAGAUUUUAAGAGGAACUUUGAUGAAAAGACAGAUGAAGAAAAAACCAACUCUUUUGCCUCAGCUAAUGUGGCUUCAGAUCAGUGGAGUUUGGAAGACAGACACUCUUUAGACUCAAACACACUGUUAUUUCAAGAAGAUAGCUCUGUGGGAGAAUUGUCUUUCAAAUCAGAGAAUCAAGAAGAAUUCUGGCAUAGUAACCCUUCACAUUUGAGUUUAGAUCUCAGUGGAAUUGACUCAUGUGAAAUGAGUGAUAGUGGAAGUCAAAUGCCAGACAGCUUGCCUAGUACGCCAUCCCCAAUAGAGUCUAGUAAGUCAUUUUCCAUGCAGUCUGACAAAGAAAGCAGCAUCACAAAUGAUAUGGGCUUUAGUGAUGACUUCUCUUUACUUGAAAGCCAAGAGAGAUGUGAGGAGGAGCUUCUUCAGUUACUGACAAAUAUUUUGAAUCAUAUAAUGUGUAAGGGACUGGAAAAGUCUGAUGAUGAUACUUGGAUUGAACGAGGACAAGUAUUUUCAGCACUAACUAAGCCAGGAAUAUCCAGUGAGCUACUUCGACCAUCAGAUGAAAUAAAACUAACUUUGCUACAGAAGAUGUUAGAAUGGGCAGUCACAGAAAACAGAGAAGCAAAAACUAACCCAAUAACUGCUGAAAACGGCUUCCGACUCAUGCUGAUCAUACAAGACUUUCUACAAUCUGAGGGACUAGUUAACUCAAAUAUGUGGACUGAGAAGCUUUUAGAGGAUAUGAUGCUGCUCUUUGACUGUCUGUCAGUCUGGUAUUCUGAAAGUCCAGUAUGGGUAAAACUCUCUCAAAUUCAGAUCCAGUUGCUUCUUGGAUUCAUUGGAAGGGGUAAUUUGCAGGUCUGCGCAAUGGCAUCAGCUAAGCUAAAUACCCUUCUUCAGACAAAAGUGAUUGAAAAUCAGGAUGAAGCAUGUUACAUUUUAGGAAAGCUGGAACAUGUUCUAAGUCAAUCAAUCAAGCAACAGACUGAAAUCUACUCAUUUCUGAUUCCCCUUGUUCGUACCCUGGUUUCCAAAAUUUAUGAGCUUCUUUUCAUGAAUUUGCACCUGCCUUCUUUACCUUUUACCAAUGGUAGCUCUUCAUUUUUUGAAGAUUUUCAAGAAUAUUGUAGUUCAAAUGAAUGGCAAGUUUACAUUGAAAAAUAUAUUGUACCUUAUAUGAAGCAGUAUGAAACUCAUACAUUUUAUGAGGGUCAUGAGAACAUGGCACUUUAUUGGAAGGAUUGUUAUGAAGCCUUAAUGGUGAAUAUGCAUAAACGAGACCGGGAAGGAGGGGAAAGCAAGCUCAAAUUUCAGGAGAUUUUUGUGGAGCCAUUUAAUCGAAAAGCACGCCAAGAGAACCUGAGAUAUAAUAAUAUGCUUAAGCAACUUAGUAGCCAACAGUUAGCCACUCUUAGACACUGGAAGGCAAUUCAGCUCUAUGUUACAUGCGAAAGGGGACCUUGGGCUGAAAGGAAACAGAACCCAAUUCACUGGAAACUAGCUAAUGUAGAAAAUUAUUCCCGCAUGAGACUUAAAUUGGUGCCGAAUUAUAAUUUCAAAACCCAUGAGGAAGCUAGCGCCUUGAGAGAUAAUCUAGGUAUCCAACAUUCACAGCCUUCCAGUGAUUCAUUGCUUUUGGAAGUAGUGAAACAAGUAAAAGUUAAUGAUAUGGAGGAGGAUAAAUUAGACCUUCCUGAAGAGGACAUAACAGCCAGAGUAAAUAUUGAUGAAAAGGAACAAGAUCAAAAAGAAAAAUUGAUAUUGAUGGAAGACUGUGAACUUAUUACAAUAAUUGAUGUCAUUCCUGGCAGAUUAGAAAUCACUACUCAACACAUUUACUUCUAUGAUGGCAGCAUUGAAAAAGAAGAUGGAGUAGGCUUUGAUUUCAAGUGGCCUCAUUCUCAAGUUCGAGAGAUUCACCUACGGCGUUACAACUUAAGGAGAUCAGCCCUUGAGAUUUUUCAUGUUGACCAAUCCAACUACUUUCUCAAUUUUAAAAAAGAGGUUAGAAACAAAGUAUAUAGCAGACUGUUGUCACUUCAUUCUCCAAAUAGUUAUGGAAGCAGAUCACCACAGGAGUUAUUCAAGGCGUCUGGAUUGACUCAGAAAUGGGUGAACAGAGAGAUAUCAAAUUUUGACUACCUCAUUCAAAUAAAUACUAUGGCAGGAAGAACCUAUAAUGACCUUGCACAAUAUCCUGUGUUUCCCUGGAUUUUACAAGAUUAUACUUCAGAAGAGUUGGACCUUAAUAAUCCUGCUGUAUUUCGAGAUCUUUCGAAACCAAUUGGGGUAGUUAAUGACAAAAAUGCCAAAGCUAUGCGAGAAAAAUAUGAAAAUUUUGAGGAUCCUAUGGGAACUAUUGAUAAGUUUCAUUAUGGUACUCACUAUUCAAAUUCUGCGGGGGUCAUGCACUAUCUCAUCCGUGUAGAACCAUUCACCACCCUCCAUAUCCAGCUUCAGAGUGGAAGGUUUGACUGCGCAGAUAGACAGUUCCAUUCCAUCCCGGCUACCUGGCAAGCUCUUAUGGAUAAUCCAUAUGAUGUGAAAGAACUUAUUCCUGAAUUCUUCUAUUUCCCCGAGUUUUUGGAAAAUCAAAAUGAAUUUAACUUGGGUCAUCUACAAGUUUCCAAAGAAGUAGUAAAUGAUGUCAUUCUUCCGAAAUGGGCUAAGUCAGCUGAAGACUUCAUCUAUAAACAUAGGAAAGCUCUGGAGUCUGAAUAUGUUUCUGCUCAUCUUCAUGAAUGGAUAGAUCUGAUUUUUGGCUAUAAACAGAGGGGGCCAGCUGCAGUGGAGGCACUCAAUGUUUUCUAUUAUUGUAGUUAUGAAGGAGCUGUGGAUCUAGAUGCCUUAACAGAUGAGAAGGAAAGAAAAGCUUUAGAAGGGAUGAUUAAUAAUUUUGGGCAAACACCUUGCCAACUAUUAAAGGAACCACACCCUCCUAGAUUAUCAGCAGAGGAAGCAGUGCAGAAGCAGACCAAAAUAGACACUUCUACCCUAAACCUAUUUCAACAUCUCCCGGAACUCAAGUCAUUUUUUAUAGAGGGAAUCAGUGAUGGUAUUCCACUAUUAAAGGCCAUUGUCCCCAAAAAUCAGUCUCGUUCUUUUAUGUCUCAAGGCAGCCCUGAGUUACUGAUAACAGUAAGCAUGAAUUAUGUUAUUGGAACCCAUGGAUGGCUGCCUUAUGACAGAAACAUUUCUAAUUACUUUACAUUCAUCAAGGAUCAAACUGUGACAAAUCCAAAAACUCAGCGUAGUAUGAAUGGUCCUUUUGCUCCAGGGCUGGAAGUAACCUCUAAGCUAUUUGUAGUAUCACAUGAUGCAAAGUUGCUCUUCAGUGCUGGACAUUGGGAUAAUAGCAUUCAAGUAAUGUCACUUACAAAAGGCAAAAUUAUCUCACACAAUAUCAGACAUAUGGAUAUUGUGACUUGCUUAGCUACAGAUUACUGUGGAAUGCAUUUGAUUUCUGGUUCCAGAGAUACUACAUGUAUGAUAUGGCAAAUAACACAACAGGGAGGUGUUCCUGUGGGCUUAGCCUCUAAACCUUUUCAGAUUCUUUAUGGACACACCGAUGAGGUAUUGAGCGUCGGCAUCAGCACUGAGCUAGACAUAGCAGUGUCAGGAUCAAGGGAUGGAACUGUGAUUAUACAUACCGUUCAGAAAGGUCAGUACAUGAGGACCUUACGACCACCUUGUGAGAGUUCUCUCUUCCUGGCCAUUCCCAAUUUGGCUAUAUCUUGGGAAGGACAUAUUGUCAUCUACUCCAGCAUUGAAGAAAAGACUACUUUCAAGGAUAAGAAUGCAUUACAUCUGUUUUCUGUAAAUGGCAAGUAUCUAGAGUCUCAAGUCCUGAAGGAACAAAUAUCAGAUAUGUGUAUAAUUGGAGAACACAUUGUCACAGGCAGCUUACAAGGAUUCCUGUCUAUAAGAGAUCUCCACAGUUUGAAUCUCAGCAUCAGCCCAUUAGCCAUGCGAUUGCCUAUCCACUGUGUUUGUGUAACCAAAGAACACAGCCAUAUUCUUGUAGGUUUAGAAGAUGGCAAAUUGAUUGUAGUGGGUGUUGGCAAGCCAGCUGAGAUGCGUUCAGGUCAGCUUUCUCGAAAAUUGUGGGGAUCUAGCAAGCGGCUCAGCCAGAUUUCAGCUGGAGAAACUGAAUAUAAUACUCAAGAUUUCAAGUGAUUGUUAUUUCCAUCUUCUGUCAUGGAUAACUGAAACUUGAUUUAUUGCUUUGUCACUUUAACCGUAUCUCUCAACUCUCUGAAUUGUUGCAAGGCUUUUAUCCCUGAAAGUCUUUUAGGAAUUACCACAAUUUGGUAUGGUAUAUAUAUAAAGACAGAUAUAGGUUGUAUUACUAUCUUAAAAUUUCUGGUUAACAUUAAUGAAUCCAUUUGUAGUAACUAGUUCUUGGUCUACACUAACAUGUAUUUGAAAAAAUACAUUUGAUUCGAUUUAGUGGCCCAUUCCUAAAGAUCAUUAGAUCUGUAUUUUUUAAAAAGCUUCCAAAAUGAGGAAAUUAGGUUCAAUUCACUUAUUCUAAAUGGCAAAAUUUAAGGUAUUUCUAAUAAAAGAGUACAAAUAAUGGGACAGUUGAGAGACAUGGAUUUUAACACAUUCUUUAGUUAAUCAUUUUCCUAUUUACUGACCACCAUAUAAAAAAUAUAUCCAUUUAUUUAUGGAACUCCUGAUGGGAGGUAAUAUUUUAAAGGCAUCUUGUACACUUGGAGUUUCAAAACUCAGUAAAAGUUCCAGGUUUGCAUGGUAAGAUUAAAAUAAGAAUAUUGAAACUGGUACAUUAGCUCAUUCCAUUACUACUUAGCAUGUUAUUAAUGAGAAUUUACUGAGAUGUAUUAUUAUCCUUAAUAAAAGUUGAGUAGGAAAGAGAGAAACUAGAGAUAUAUUUUACAGACAUAUUUCAUUAAUAACAUAAUUAAGCAAAAAUGCUGAUUGUGAGUUUGACAGUUGGGUCCGGCAUUUGCAGCACAAUUUACAUCUACAAAGUUCAAAAUUUCUUGGCUUUAUCUUUACUAAGCAAAUACUAUGUUUUUCUCUGAUAAUUAGGAGGGUUAGCAAUAAUAACCAAAUAUAUUUCAUUUUUACUUAGGAUAUCUGUGUGAUUGAUGAAUGAAUUGAAAAGACUAAGCAUAAUUGAAUCAUUUAUGUAUAGUAAUUUUAAAAAAACAUUUCUAUUUUAUGUUAUGGACAACUUUUAG